AUGGGGAAUAUUAUCCAGCGAAAAUCUUCCACCGAGCCAUGUAGGACUGUCUAUCCGUGCACAUCAUAUCCUCGUGAUAUGGUUAAUUUUGAGGAUCCAAAUGCGAAAUUUGCCAAUAACUAUGUGAAGACCACCAAAUACACGUUCCUGACGUUCUUGCCACUUAAUUUAUGGGAACAGUUGCAUCGAUUUGCAAAUUGUUACUUCCUUUUUAUCGUAUUUCUCAAUUUUAUGCCGAGAGUUGAAGCUUUCGCCAAAGAACUGGCUGUAAUUCCUGUAUUGGCUGUCUUGGCCUUUACUGCAGUUAAAGAUGGUUUUGAGGACCUGAGGCGUUUUCGCGCAGACCAAAAGGUUAAUGGUACGGAGGCAGACGUCUUCUCCAUUGAAGAAAGGCUUUAUGUAAGACGAAAGUGGGCAAACAUUCGUCCAGGUGACUUUGUAAAACUACAUACAAAUGAGGUCAUACCAGCCGAUAUUUUGCUGUUGAAGUCUUCUGAAAUUUCCGGAAUGUGUCACAUUGAAACGGCUAACUUGGAUGGGGAAACCAAUUUAAAACAGCGUGAAUGUGUUCGCUCUUCCCAAAUCCAAGCCUUCACACCGGAGGAAUUUCUCUGGCCCGUUGAAGUAGAAGCCCCCAAUGCUGAAUUAUAUCACUUCAGCGGCAGGAUCCAUACUCCAGCCCCAACGGUUGUUAGGAAGGAGAACCUACUCCUUCGGGGCUGCAUCCUUCGUAAUACCGAUUCGGUCGAGGGUAUGGUUAUUUAUGCUGGUCGCGAAACCAAGGCAGUUCUCAACAAUUCUGGUCGCAAGUUCAAACGAAGCAAGUUGGAGAGGCGCCUAAAUAAGGAUAUUAUCUUAUGUAUCCUUAUUCUCGCAAUUUUGUGCGUCACUGGAUCUGUUGGCAGCUAUAUCUGGUUGAGUAGCCUUCCCGGUGCGAAUAUUCCCUUUCUUGAAACCGAGGAAUCUGACAAUGUGGCUCUCAGUGCUUUCAUUAACUUCUGGACGUUUGUGAUCAUUUUCCAGGCCGUGAUCCCUCUGCCGCUGUACAUCACCGUGGAGGGUGUCAAAGUUUUACAAGUUUUCUUCAUGCAUCGCGAUCUGGGUCUCUACGACGCAAAACGAGACCGGGGCGUGGAGGUGCAUGCCUUCAACAUUCCUGAGGACCUGGGCCAAAUUGAAUACGUCUUCUGUGACAAGACGGGCACUCUGACGGAGAAUAAGAUGGUCUUCAAACGGGCUGUUAUUAAUGGCAUUGACUACUGGGUUGAUGAAGAGUUACCUGUGGAAGUGAUGGAUGAGAACGCCUUACAGGAUACAGAUGAGACGGUUGUACCAAACAUACCACUAUCAGCAGUGCGUGAUUUCAUUCCGUUCGUGCCGCCUCCGUCGUUCAGCUCACAGCCCAAUUUCGGACGCGUGACCAGUCACUCUAGCCCCGGUUUGGGAUCUAUGCCUCCGUUAGAGGAAGGAAAUCAGACCUUGGACUUUCUGCCACCAUCAUCACUCCACGCAUUUGAUGGAGGCGACGGGAAAAGCAGGCGGCGCAAAUGCCAACGAGUUCAGGACUUUUUCCUCUGCCUCACCAUCUGCAACUCCUGCGUCGUCUCCGCCAAUAAAAAUGUUCCCGCUCCGCUCGUGCCCUCACGCAAGAAGAACCCUUUUGCCCGCUUGCGUCGAGGAAUGAAAUCGAAAGGUGGUGAUGAGGCUUCUCUCUCCUCGUCGCGUUUCCGUCGUUUCUUCAUCCGUAGUUCUCGGGACGAGAUUUUUGAGGUGGGGGAAGAGGCGGUAGUUGACUCAGAGAGAAACGAAGCUUUUAUCGCCGCUGAAACUGCUAAUACUGAUGACACUUUACUUGAUCGAUCCAUGCGCAAGUCGUUGAGCAUCAGCAAUCUCUUCGCCUGGCGUCAGCGCAAGUCAGACACGUCGACGUGGGAGGUGGAGGGUGAGGAGAGCCAGUCUACCCGACCUCCGAAACGCGUGCUUGCCGCUCUUGUGGACUCACCUCACCAGAAGGAAGGCAAACGGAGCCUCAAAAGUCUCAUUAAAUUUAGAUUCUCCAAUACGGGGGCUGUUGGUAAUGUACCUGAUACCGUGGCCUCGCUAUCCGAGACACAUGAGGAUAAUGGAUCUCAACCCACAGGAAGUUGUUCCAUCUCCUCAGAUGAUGAGAGAGUGGUUGAGCCUCAAGCACGACCCGCUAGGCAGCCAUUGUUUCAGCCCAAGGCAAAACCCCCCAUCACGAAGCAGUUUAAGAGGCAAAAUAUCCAACAGCAGUCAGCUCCAAUUCUCUCAUCAGACUACGAUGAUUGGGAGGCGCUAAGUCAAGCAGGCUCAUCAACUCGGUGGCGCGAUAGCAAUAGCUCCCUACUUGAUCGACCUUUUCACCACAUCUGCCCGCUUUCGGAAAACACCCUCCUUAGUGGCUAUGAAUCUGAGAGUCCGGAUGAAGUGACCCUCGUAAGAACGGCGUGCAAGUAUGGCUGCAAAUUACUGCAAAGGGGCACAGAUUUUGUCAUCAUCUGGUUGCCGGGUGACGGUUUAAUACGGGUGGAGGUGCUCAAGGUUUUGCCAUUUGUCACAAAGCGUAAAAGGAUGUCAAUUAUAAUUCGUCAUCCCGACACCGAUCAAAUUGUCCUCUACUGCAAGGGUGCUGAUUCUGUAAUCUUGCCGCUUUUGGAUCCCCAUAAAGGACAAUCUUUUAAGAGCAGUACUGAGGAGCGCUUGAAAGAUUACUCGCGAUCUGGUCUAAGGACUCUCGUUAUGGCUAAAAGGGUAAUUUCGGAGUCGGAGUAUCAACGGUGGGCUGCUGCAUGGUCAUUAGCUGAACAGGACUAUCUUCGGUCCGAGGAAUUGAAGUACAAGUUGAUGGAGGACAUUGAAGUCAAUUUGGAAUUACUGGGUGCUACGGGUAUAGAAGACAGUCUACAGGAGGGUGUACCAGAGACUAUCGCAGCACUCCGCGAGGCUGGCAUGAAGGUGUGGGUGCUUACUGGGGAUAAACAGGAGACCGCUACUAGCAUCGCGUACGCCGCAAAACUCAUCACUGAGAAUCAGAGGGUACUGGUUCUCUCUGCAACCACUGCAGAGGAGGCAAAGUGCCAGCUAGAAAACUUUCUGGUGGAUUUGCUACCUGAUUCUAAUAUGGCAGAUCCGACGUCCAAUUACCUGGCUUCGCCGUCGAUUCGAAAGAGAUCGCGCCUGUCUGCAGUCGAAGAUGGACUAGAAGCUGUUCUGCAUCGACCCUUUCCCUCCGUCUCGAUAUUCGACAAUGAGGUGGCUGUGGAUAUGCCUCAAGAGGGUGUUGCUCUCAUACUUGACUCUGUAUGUCUGCCUUUCGUUUUGGAAGAGAAAACUAAGGAGAUCUUCAUCAAAUUGGCACGUAUCUGCUCCAGUGUCAUCUGCUGUCGUGUCACACCUUCCCAGAAGCACCUUCAAAGUCCACCUGUUUCUGAUAUUGGCCAAUCGGGAGAAUUGAACGAGAGCGUUGGAGAGUGUUCGGAAACUAGGAAAGAAAAGGAAUCCUUCUAG